AUGGGUCGACUGAGCAGAGAUUCGUCCAGACAUUCCUCUGCAGACGAGCAAGAGACGGUUGAGGUCAAGCGUGAAGAGUCGGUGGAUGCUGAGCUUGCCCACGAGCUCAGCACCACCCGCGUAGCCGCCAUCAAGCAUGAAAGCUCGGCGAGCCCCUCGGCUUCACCUUCUCUGAAACCAGUGCGAUUAAAGUCCUCCCGCUCAUCCUCUGUGUCGACAUCGUCUUCAAAUCGGCCUCCCGCCGCUGAUCCUGACACGUCAACUGCCAAGAAAGAGCCGAACAAGGCAAAUGGCCACCACUCAACCUCCACCUCGCCCAUCAAGCCUGAACCCAAGGAGCCAUCAAAGCCCGCAAAGACCUCCCGAGCCGCCUCUAAGCUUCCCCCUCGUGUCGCUCCUCUCUUCGACCACCUUCCAGACGUAACAAAAGAAGCCACCUCGACAUUCACCGUCAUUGAUGCCUGCACUUACCAAAACAAAUAUCUGGGUUUCAGCGAACAUGCUCUCGACUGUGAUUGCAGCGAGGAGUGGGACUCGUCCACCAGGCAGAACCUUGCCUGUGGGGAGGAUUCCGACUGUAUCAACCGCGCCUGUAAAAUGGAAUGUGCUGAUGACUGUGGAUGCGGUGUCUCGUGCCAAAAUCAAAGAUUUCUCAGACGCCUCUAUGCCAAAGUGUCCAUCAUCAAAACCGAGAAGAAGGGCUAUGGUCUUCGCACCGACGUCGAUCUGCGACCGCAUGACUUCAUCUUCGAAUACAUCGGUGAGACCAUUCCCGAGGCGACUUUUCGGAAGCGCAUGCUGCAGUAUGAUGAAGAAGGAAUCAAACAUUUCUAUUUCAUGUCCCUGAGCAAGGGUGAGUUUAUCGAUGCUACGAAGAAAGGGAACCUUGGUCGUUUCUGCAACCACUCCUGCAACCCCAACUGCUACGUCGACAAAUGGGUGGUCGGUGACAAAUUGCGCAUGGGCAUCUUCGCUGAGCGCUAUAUCAAAGCCGGGGAAGAAUUGGUCUUCAAUUACAACGUCGAUCGAUAUGGCGCCAAUCCACAGCCCUGCUAUUGUGGUGAGGCCAACUGCACAGGUUUCAUCGGAGGCAAGACCCAGACCGAGCGAGCCACUAAACUGUCGGCUGCGACCAUAGAGGCCCUGGGUAUUGAAGAUGCUGAUUCUUGGGAUACCAUGGUUGCGAAACGGCCGCGCAAGAAGAAGACGACAGAAGACGACGAGGACUACGUUGACAGCGUCGAAGCCAAAUCUCUGGAUGUCGACGGCGUGACCAAGGUCAUGGCAGCACUAAUGCAAUGUAAAGAGAAAUGGAUUGCGGUCAAGCUCCUGCAACGCAUCCAACGAUGUACAGAUGAUCAAGCAUGGCACCGAGUCGUCAGAUUCCACGGUUACCAGAUCCUCAAUUCGCAGCUCUCGGCUUGGCGAGACGAUGAGAACAUCAUCCUACAGAUCCUCGACGUCCUCGACCGAUUACCACGGUUGACUAGAAAUAAAAUCGUCGAUGCAAAGAUUGACAAGACAAUGGAAUCCCUAACGAACCAUUCCGACGAGAAAGUAGCAACCGAAGCUUCAGCGCUCCUGGAUGCUUGGUCGAAGCUCGAGCUGGCGUACAGAAUACCCCGGAAGAAGAAAGAUGACGCGUCCACACCCGUCAAGACGGAGACGACGACGUUCGAGAGGCGAGAAUCUGCCCAGGGACGAAGAAGAUCCAAAUCGAGGUCGCGCUCUCCGCCGAGAGGGCCUGCGUCGUUCAAUGCACCAUCAGGUCCGCGAUCACUCCAAAGACCGGCAUCCUUCUACUCACGACCUACUAUACCUUUUCAUCGUGGACCCCCUCCCCUACCGCGAGGCUGGUUCCCAGCUCAGGACAAAGGCAGGACAUACUAUUAUACUAGUAAUGGGCAAUCGACAUGGGCCCGACCGACGAAGCCCGCAGACGAAGCUCCUCCUCCACCGCCACCCAAACAACCGUCGGAGCGAGAUGUGCUGAAGAGUAUCAUUGACAACGUCGUCGCGGCUCGUGAAAAAGACACCAAAACCAGCACCCCAGACACGCCAGAGCCAUCCAAAGUAAAGAAGGAAGAGAAGUGGAGGUCGUACGACCUAGAGAAACAGAAGAAACUUUACGAGAACACUCUCUUUCCUCACAUCUCUCACGUGAUGAACAAGUACAAGCACAAAAUCCCCCGAGAUGACCUGAAACGAUUUGCGAAAGAGAUCGCUAAGAAGCUGGUGGCAUCGGACUACAAGGCCGAUCGGGUGAAGGAUCCUACGAAGAUUGAUGAGCGGCAACAAAAGAAGGUCAAACAAUUUUGCAAACAAUUUUUUGAGAAGGCCUAUCAAAAACACAAAAAGCACGAAGCCGAAAAGGCAGCGAGGGAGAAAGGAAAGAAAGAGCCACGAGCUGGUGAAGGACCCCCGGCGUCACCUGCUCAGUCUCCCGCCACGUCGCCUCCUGAGGCAGACACCACGCUGGAUCAUGAAGACAUCAAGAUGUCGGAUAAUGAAGAUGAGGACCCAGAAGUCAUGUCCGCUGUCAACACACCCUCCGAACUCAAUGGAACCGGCACGUUGAAACGCAAGCGAAUCGAGACAGGCGAAUCCACAGCGGCGGGAGAGGAUGAGCGAGAACCGUUCGGGUCGCCGGUGAAGAGACUCAACAUGGAGGUUGAGACGCCACCACCGCCCCCGCCACCACCUGCGCCGCCAGUCGAGACACCGCCUGACAGUACACCCCGUGAAGGUGAACAGGAAGGCGCAGACGUGGAGAUGGGCGGAGAAACAGACAUCUACGCCGACACCAAUUUCAAGGGAAAGAGCAUGGCGGAUGUGCUCGCCCAGGCGCAGGCGGAAGAUGGGGACGAAGGCGAUGCUGAGGAAGAUGUAGUCAUGAGGAACGGAGUCGCAGGAGAAGCGGAGGGGGAGACCAGAAAUCCCAUGGUGGAUGAACAGCCUGUUGAUCCAGCAACGGCUGGCCGAUAG